UAGCUGAGAAUUACUGUAAAGUAUAUUGUUCAAUAUUUUGAAAAUUCAUUAUAACUAGUCAUCUGUCAGACAUGCAGGAAUCUGUUGAUAGUGAAGAAAAUACAGAAAUUAACAAUGAUUCAAGUUGUGACAAUUCAGUUCGAGCUAGAUCUCCUGAAAUUCCCGAAAGGGCUAGUAAAAUACUUAAAAAUGAUAGCUAUUCUGAUUGCGAAGAGCAUAUCAAUUUGGAUGAAUCUCCCAGUGAACCUACCUCAUUAAAUGACAAGUUUUCAAUGGUUAAAGAAGAUAGUGGAUUUGUAGAUAAAUUAAGUGUAAGCAGUGGUGAUGCUGUUCCAACAGCCGAGGUUUCAGAAAGUUUUAAUAAUAAUAAAGAAUUUCGAGAUGCAAUAUCAUCUCCUAACAAAAAGAGUCCAGCAAAUAGUUUGUUUCCUUCAGAUGUUUCUUUUCCUAAAAAUUCACCGCAAUUGAAAAGAAGAAAUUAUCGUAAACGUUCUAUGAUAGAUAUGGAUUCUGAUGAAGAUUGUGAUAAUUUGGAAUCAACAACAACUAAUGACUGUAUGGUGGAUGAUCAUGAAGAUGCUAACAGUGCUACAGCCGUUGAUGACGAUAGUACCCUUGAGGAAGAUAAUAUAAUGGAUUCAUAUUUUGAUAGUGAAGAUAGUAGCGAUGACAGUAGUGAUUUUGAUGUUCAUCGUGAACUAAAAUAUCAACGAGAGAAUGACAAUGUUGUACCAUUGGUGUUAUUGAAACCAAAACCUAAGCAUAAUUGGCAAGCUGUUCCAGAAAUUUUAAACCGGCCUUAUGGUUUAGUACCUUCUCAGAACCAAAAGCCUAAAAGAUCAUGGGGUUAUAAACAAUUUCAAGACAGGUAUUACAGCUCUCUUCAUGCUGUUCAACGUUUAGAAUUAAUGUAUAAAUUAGAAGCUCAUGAAAGUUGUGUCAACAGCCUUGGAUUUAAUAAAUCUGGUAGUUUAUUGGCAUCUGGUUCAGAUGAUUUGUUUAUACACAUCUGGGAUUGGACUAUAGGCCGAAAGGCUACGUCUUUCAAAAGUGGACACCGAAGUAAUGUCUUUCAAUCUAAAUUUUUGCCUUUUGCGGGUGAUAUUCAUAUAGCCUCCAGUGCUAGAGAUGGACAGGUUCGUCUAUCAAUAUUGUCACCAGCUGGUGAAUUAAUCUCUUCUCGUCACUUGUGUCAGCAUCGUGGAAUGGUGAAUAAGAUAUCCUUAGUAUCAGAUCAACCACAUAUUAUACUUAGUGCUGGAGAUGAUGGUGUAGUAAUAUCUACUGAUAUUAGAGAUCCCGUGCCAAACAAAAUAGCAAAAGUAAAAAAUGGUUCUGAGAAGGUAUCGUUAUACUCAAUAAACUGCCACCCAAUGUUAGGACAUGAAUUUGUUUUAGGCAGUAAUGAUCACUAUGUUAGAAUUUAUGAUACUCGCAAUACACGUGUUGCUCAAGCUAAAUUUAAACCAGCUUCUGAAACUAAACGUCUUGAUAAGAAACCUGAUCGAAAUGCGAUUUAUACUACUGCAGUCAUCUAUAAUUACAAUGGGCGUGAAAUAUUAGCAUCUUAUACUGAUGAUAAUCUAUACCUAUUUAGUAACGAUCCAACAACAAUACAAAAUAUUAGUAGUUCUUCUAAGGAAACUGAACGUGAUUAUAUUGGUUGUUAUACUGGACACAAAAAUCAAGCUACAAUAAAAAGUUGCAACUUUUUUGGGCCUCAUUCAGAGUAUAUAGUUAGCGGUUCUGAUUGUAGUUAUUGUUAUAUUUGGGAAAAAAAGACUGAGUCAAUUGUGCAAUGGUUUAGAGCUGAUGAAAGUGGAGUGGUUAAUUGUAUGGAACCUCAUCCUCAUAUACCAAUUUUAGCAACAAGUGGUCUAGAUAAUGAUGUAAAAAUUUGGGUUCCUUCUAAAGAAGAGCCAAAUCCGAUGGAAGAAAUGAAAACUGUUGUGCGACAGAAUAAAGAUAGGCGAUAUUCAUAUGAUCAUACAGUUGGAAGGGAUACCAUUGAUGGGCAAAUGCUUUGGAUGUUUUUGACCCAUAUCAAUCAGAACGUUCACAGUACCUCUCAUAGCGACAGUUCUGAUGAUGAUCUGCCAAGAUCUGGGGAAAUGCCAUGCUCUCCUUCAUAAAGAUUAACUAUUUACUCUACUAAUUAAAAUAUAUAUUUAUUUAAAAUGAGUUU